GCAGCAGCAGCAGCAGAAGAAGAAGUAACUGUAGCUGCGGAGUGUACCCAUGGAUGGGUCCAUUUGUUUACCAGAGGAGUUGCUUAUAAACUGCUUUCCUCUCGGUCAUGGCAGGUGUUUUCCUCGUCACGCUGUAUGAGUACUCGCCGCUGUUUUACAUCAGCGUGGUGUCGUUGUGUUUCGUUGUUACCGCUGCCGUGGUGCUCGGGUGGUUUGGCUUUGAUGUCCCUGUGAUUCUUCGCAGCUCAGAUGAGACAGAGUCCAUCCUCUCAACUCCUGAGAAGCAUAUGAUCCAGGUGACCAAUCCCUUUGCUAUAGCGAUGGGCUCUGGUCCAGCAUCCGUCACUGAUGGUGCAUCAGUGCGGCCUUGCUGUCUGGAACCUUGCGUCUUGAGCUGUUUUUGGGGUUGUGAGGUUACUGCUCUACAGGGAGCACUGCGGUCUUAUCAGCAUGGACUGAGGCUCAGCACACCACAGCAUUUUCAGGAGGCACUACACCAACGCUACCAUCACCUCCAGAGCUUCCAUGUCAGCAGUGAAGACGCAGAGGAAUGCCACACACAGAUUCCUGUUGACCAGGGAAUCACAGACUUUGGCCUGUUGCCGAGGGAACGCUACCCUCUUGUUGCUGUGCUGACACUGGCAGAGCCAGAAGCCAGGGACACAUACAAUAUUGUGGCCAGUGUGACGGUGAUUCAUGUUCCUGAUGUUAAAUACAAACUCACUGCACGGGCUCUCUUUCAGUACCUUCUAACUUCACGGGGGAACAUGUAUGAAUUAAAGCCUCUGUUCAUGUCAGCAGACAGCACGGCGCUGUCUGGGCCUCCUGACUCAGAACUCAGCACCACACCCGACAAACCGUCAGAGGAGGCCCUCAGAGCAGAGCCGAGUCCAGCACCUGAGGGAGAAGACGAGGACUGGUCAGCGGGAUCAGGCAGAGACUGUGUGGUGUGUCAGAAUGCAGCAGUGAACAGGGUGCUGCUCCCCUGCAGACAUGCUUGUGUAUGUGAUGGCUGCAUGUCACACUUUCAGCACUGCCCCAUCUGCAGGGCCUUCAUCCUGGAGUCAUUCACCCUGACACAAGGAGCAGCUGCGGAACAGAGACUCCAGUCUGACACAGUCAGUGGCAAUUAAGCCAUAAAUUACAGCAUGGCCACUAUCAACUGUCCUGAGUAAUCCGUUAAUUCCGGAUGCUCUGAAUGCUCCCAGUGAGUUAACAUCCAGUGAUUAGCCAUGUAUAUCAAGCAUGAGCCCAGACAUGGGUUUCACAAAUAGCUUUUUCACAUGCAUGCAUGUUCACUAUUCCACCCUCAAGAUGGAUUAGAGCCUGCGUCUGCUGACCCACACUUUUUGUAUGUAUGUAUAAAUGUAGGAGAAAUAUGAUUUUACCAACAUAAACUCACAAUAAUCAAAAUAAACAACAUACUAUGUCAUCCAUAACCACAGAUAUUCAGAGGCUCCUCACUGGUAACUUUGUAGAGUUUAAAGAAUCCUCUGCGGGAGUGAUUCUAGUUUUAUUGAACAACCUCCCACUUGAUGGCAGUGAGGCACAGUCAGAUAAUGUCAUGGAAAGGGAACAAAAACGUGUAAAUACUACAUAUAUGAAAAGUGUGAUCCUGCUGUUUUAUAAACGGCUGCAUGAUUUCAACAAAAUCUACUGCUGUUGUUUCAUGUUUGAAGAAUGUAAUAUUUCCAUGUACAGUUUAUUUAUGUAUCCUCCAAUUUGUGAAUGUUGUAUGGCUUGAAUUAUUUAAAGGUAAAUAUAUAAAUAUACAAGGGCAUAAUGAUUUGCAAAGUGACUUCAGUCAAUCAACAAAAAGAUGGUGAUUUGAAAAUGAAGCAUCAUUUCUACUUUAA